AAUCUGCUUUGUAGGCAAACCAUAGACAUAAUUACACCAUUAUCUACUCCUGGAAGAGAGCAAUGGACCGUUUUAAGAGCGGACUGUGUGAGCUUGGACCCGGACUUAGCAACCAUCAGUUCCACUGCAUAAAGAUAGCUUGUUACGUCUUCCUUGGUAUAUCACGCCAGACAUUAGAGACCGUCACCACAUUCAUUGCUCUCUAUGACCUCAUGAAACAGGCACUACCUCAUGGAGCCGACUUAUUGAUUUACCAGAUAUUAUUGAAGCUAAAUGUCUCCAAGUCAAAACUGGCAAAAAUUGACCCGCACAUCAACCGCAAGCACGAGAAAGAUUUCAUCCUUGAUAACCCACAACUUGACCUUUUUCUGACAGUAGCUGUAAUGCUAGACAAAUUAAGCAAUGAGAGAUACCAGAAAUUCAGAAACCAGUGCGUCCAAUCUUUUCUUGUCAACUAUCAUGUUGACAACAUAACUUCUCGUGCUGUCCUUUUGGAACUGCUAGCAGACAGGGGCUUGCUAGAUCCUAAUGACUUAACAUCUCUUUUUCUCUUGUUCCACCACAUCACAUCUACCGAUGGGUCGACUCAGUACAUAAAAGUCCUCAGAGAGUUUUGUACAAGGCAAGGUAUUGAUGAGCCGGACUGGACUCAAUCCCAACUACCCAAUAAUAUGUCAGAGAGUCUAAUUUGUCAGCUUCAAGUUGAAAUCCAGCUAUCUAGAUCUAGCAGCUAUGGGUCUAGUCUACGAGGAACAGUCUCUUCUAAUGUAAUAAAUGGAAGCAAUGUACCGGUACAUUAUAAAAAUAAAGGUUGCGGUUUUAAUUUUAACAUCCGCCGUAUAAUCAUACACUCUGUAUUCAUCGCAUUAUUUUUCUUAAUUUGCUUGUGUCUGUUAAUCGGAUUUGGUUUGUUCUUUACUGGUACAUAUUUCCAUCAACUAACAAAUAUUCAGGCAAACUCGUCUCAUCAAAUUGGUGCCAACUCGAUUGUCCAACUCUUUCCAGGUCAGUGUAUAAAUCCCGAUUGGAUUAAGUCGAUAAGUAUUACAGUCCAAAGCUCACUCAAUAUAACAGUUUAUAAAGGACUAUGUACAGACCAACCUUCAACUGAAGUGUACAAUUUGGAAAGUAAAACUUACCAUCGCACCCAAAGUUUUUAUAAAUAUUUGAAAAACUAUUGUUUCAAUGCAAAUUACUAUGGUGAAAAGCAAAGUGAACAUUAUCCACUAUAUACUGCUGGUCAUGGUACCCUCUCUUAUGAUAUUCAAUUAGUGAAUGCUAGUGAGAUUGAUGAGUCCCCUUGCCCAUUGAUAUUAUAUCUCUUUAAUGAGAGCUACUACUACAACUACUGGGUAAAAACUAAUUAUUAUGGAGAUCAACAAAGUAUUGCUGAAGUAGCUUAUGCUUAUUCGCCUUGCCUCAAUACAAGUGAUGCCAUGAAUCGUGACCAAAAUUAUUUUUUUAACUUCAAGCACGAUUUUGAACUCGAGGACAAAGGAUUUUAUUACACUCUUUGCUGUAUCACAGUAAGCUUUUUUUCCAAUCUAACAAUCUCCGGAAGAGUGACAAAAUAUUCUGAGAAAAAAAUGGAAGAGCUUCAAUCAUGUUUAUCACCUAAUGCAGUGCAGGGGGAUGCCAAUUGUACAGUGAAUAUGGGAAACUUCUUUGAUAGUUCAUUUAAUUUAUUUGUUGACACGACUUAUGAGCUCUCAGAAAGAAAUGCAACUGUAGUAGUGACACCAGAAGAAUGGAAUAUAGCUAGUGUUCUUUGCCUAUUAUUGACAGUCUUGGUAAUUAUAAGUAGCAUUAUUGUCAUUAUUGUAGUUAUAUCUUGCAAGCAGAAAAAGAGAAUCAAAGAUUACUCAACUUUGUAGUGAUAUGUUUUGUUUAUAACAUUUGCUCUUAGUUUUGUAAAAUAUAUGUAGUAUAUUGAUUGAUUAGCUUUGUUCAAAAAUAAUUGUAAUUGAUAC